AUGGCCGGAAUUGAACCUCUCGGCAUCGCGCUUGGCGUAUCCGGCCUAGUCCCACUAUUCAAAGUAUGCAUCCAACUUUUCGAUCUCGUCGACUCGAGUCGCACUUGGGGAACCGACUUCGAGGUCCUGUCCACCAUGCUUGAAAUCGAGCGAGUGCGACUAUGCAUUUGGGGGCAGGCAGUUGGUUUUGUCACCGACGAUCAAAGUGUGUUAGAUACAAACUUCCCAACGGAGCUGGACGACCGACUCAAAGAUCGAAGAAUAUCCGCCGCAGUCUCGGAUGUCCUGGCAUGCAUGAAGCACAUCUUCGAAGACUCGUACUCGCUCAAACAACAAUAUGGACUGCAAAAAGCAAGCGAUGCGACAAAUUCCUCAGAAAGCCGGCACGAGAGCGGUAGGACUACAUUUCGCACAACAUUCAAGCGCACCCUCGAGCGAUUCAACUCCGCAUCCGCAAGCAACCAACGCAACACUACCCUCAAAGCCUCUGCAAAAUGGGUCAUCAUCGACAAAAAGCGCUUCGGAACCCUGGUCGAAGACCUGCGCGGCUUCAACGACAGCCUCAGCACUCUGCUCCCGGACAUCGACAGUUUUGCGCGGCAAGAAAUCAUCGCUGACAUCGGCAGGAGCGUGGACGCAGACGAACUACGUCUGAUCGAGCAAGCGGCGGUGAUGGGGUCCCAUGACGAUUUUUCCGAAGCCGUGAGUGUGCGGCUGAGCCAGAUCAGCCAGGUGACGCACCGCGAUGACGGGAAUGAGUCGGUGUCCACGGCUUCGACGCUGCCGCGGCCGGUGGAUGUGGAGAAACUGGUGAAGCAGAUUGGGAAGUUGGACGCACAGUUGAGGGCGCAGAACAAGGGCAUGUUGAAUAUCUCGAUUAAUGAGAUUCAUGGAAAUUAUUGGGGUUUUGUUACGUGGGAUGAGGUGAAGGGUGAUGAAUGGUAUAUGGCGAUUGAGAAGGAAUUGGAGUUUGUGAAGCCUUUGUAUUUGGCUUGGGGUGGGUUCUCACCAUUACUUCGUGGAAAUGGUGUGAAUUUCUGACAUUUGGUCAUUUAGGGUUGCAAUAUGCUACAGAUAACAAAAAGUUCAAAGAAGCAGGAUCGUCAGGGUUUGAAGGAUUGGAUCCAGAGGUACGUUCCUGACAGCAUCCCCGGAUUGGGAAAUGAUAACUGACAAACCCAGGCGGGCCGUAACUACCACGGCAAAUUCCCAGGAACAAAAACAGUGGAAGGCUACGCUUCUGAAUUCCAGCACUGGGCCAACCAACAUAUUCCUAAGGACCCGGAGACUUGCUUUGUAUCAACACAUCCGGCGCCUUCACUCGGUGUUAAGAAGCUCAUCGAACGAAUCAACAUUAUUCAAGGCUCGCGCAAACUGCCAUGGGGAUGGACGGACGAGCAGAAAUUUGAAGACCUGCAGAAGUGGAUCGGCAAGACGGGCGAAACCUGGAUUGACCAAAGUUAUAAGUAUUCAAUGGUAAAUCAAGUCAGCACGUUGCUGUCAAUGUUAAAUCGGGUAGACAUGUUUGAAGAUCUCAGACUUGGAGGCUCCAUUGGUUACCAUGUAUUCGGACCAAAGAGUCAUGGCCUUGCAAACUUCCUGCUUCAAAUGAUCCUUGCUUACGAACUGAAGCUGCGACUUGAAAACUACGAGGGCUGGAAUUCUGGAAUGACGCCCAAAGUCUUCACAGCCCUCGAAAUGGCACAGCGCUGGAUGGAAAGCGUCAAAUCCGUCUGCCCCAAUAAAGGCAAAGACAUGGUCGAGUUCCACUCCCUGGUCCACGAACGACAAGUCGAAGGCCUGGUCCGAUUCGCUGAAGCAAUUGAGUGGCCGAAACUCUUCGAGAUGCGCGAAUUCGCGGAAGAAGCUUAUGUCAAGAUCCGCGCUGGUUUGGAUGUCCCUCUUAUCUUCUGGAACUGGCUAUUCGGACUGGUUUUGCCUGGUGACGGAUUCGUGUACAACCUCAUGGGCGCACUCAUCUGCGCCACACCAUCACUUCGCUCAAUGGGCGCGGCCAAAUAUAUGUCUGCCUCCGUCGUUAUUGACAGUAAAUCCUACUGGCGAGCAAAAUUCGCCGUCGGCCGCGUCUUCGGCGGCAUGAAAGGUGUCAAGGCAGUCGGCGGAUGGAUCGGCCCCUGUCCAGCACCAAUUGAAGACUCCGUAACUGGGUGGGUACAAGUCCGCGCCCGAGCAGCGGAAUUCCGCAUACCCAGAAAACGGAACAGAGGAGACUUUGAUGAUGACAACGGCGUACCUGGAACGGUCUCGACGCCUUCGGGGGGAACGACGAUGCAGUCGAGACUUAGGGCGGAAUGGAUUACAAAAAUGAGCGAUCCGGCAAUGUGGAGGGUUGUCGAGGCGCCGAAGCCGUCGUCUGAGCAGUGCGAGUUUUUAGGACUUCAUUUGAAGCUGGUGGAAUCUACAGUAUCAGCUGCGUCGCCGCAGGAUCAGGAGUACAGAGCAAGUCUUGAUUUCAAUGUCGAAGGGGAGUCGGUUACAUUCACGCUUUACAGCAAUCCCACCUUUGUUGCGGCACAUCAUUGUCUCGAUGGGCCUCAUUCGGUGCAUUCAUACGAUCUGGCGAGAUUUAAGAAUGUGUGCACCAUUUGGGAUUUGAAGAACCAGCGACACAAUUCUAAUGAGGUACUUAUUAUCAAUGCGACUUGCGAUGGAGGCGAACUAGCUGCUAGAGCGUGGUGUUCGGCGAAUGGUCAACAUGCAGUUGUGAGAAGGGGAAGUGGGACAUGCUUUGCUUGCGCGGUGAAGAUGGCGAGUGAUCAGGGGCUGGGGGUCAAUUGCUUGAUCUGGGCGUGAGGUAUCUGUGCAAUGCUAAACCGAACGUAUUUCAAUAUUUGAAAUAUGUAUAAUACCCGUAAUGAGAAAACCUGAGAUAUCCAAAGUCGAAUUGCGAGCUUAAAAUAAAACACAUCUCUGAGCACAACGGAGAGAAGAGGCCCUCACUCGGUUUCAGAGUGCUGGAGCCCAUGGUCAUGGGAUUGUUCCUUUUGCUUCCAAUCACAUAGCCACGACAAUCAAUACUUGUAACAUACUCCGGCGCAUUUCAACCUCGGCAAGCCCAUAGUUUCCAAAACAGUAAUCCAAGGCAAAGCGAGCCCACGGCAUAGCGAGAAUGCCCAUACAAAUAAUCCCUGUCCUAUACAAUUAGUAUGGGUGUUCUCGUUAUUGCCUUGGGCUCGCUUCGCCGUGGAUUACUCUACGACCAUAUGAAAACGCUUUGCGAUAUGAUACGACGAUACGAGGACGCCUUGCAGCACGACGAUGACCAUACGAAGACGCCUCGCAGUGUGACCAUGUGAAUGCGCCUUGCAGUAGUCUACCGCCAUUCGGGAACGCCUUGCAAAAACCAAGCCUGAGUUUACUUUUUUUAGCCGUCCUGGAAAUUUGCAUAAUAUUAUCAUCAUGCCUCCCGAACGUCA